GCCGGCUAAUUAGGGAGGGUGGGGGGGGGGACUGGAAAGAGUGAGAGAGAAGAAAGUUUUGGGAACGCGUUUGACGCUCUCAAAAACGUUAGCAUCUCGUUCUACUUGUGUUCGGAGAAAUCUCAGAGCUAUGUGAGCUUUGUACCAAACGUGUUGGAGUCCAGAUGAACCUCUGCCAAAAGAGCAUGUUUGGAAACAUGAACCGCAAACCACAAGAAAUCAGCGCAUAAGAGGUGAUCACCAUGGCAACGCAGUUCACGAUCGACGACGCCUUCGCGUUGGAAGUCGAUGAAGAAGAAGAAGCCAUGUCUGGCGUGGACGCCGAUGGAUGGAAUACUCGGGAUAAGGACAGAGAAGCAGAGCUCACGUUCGGGCCUCUGACUUUCUCCAAACCUCAGCCUCAUCCCUCGCCCGUUUUGCUUGCCUCACCGGAGCACAGUAACCUGAAGUAUCAAAAUUUGGAAAAUGAAGACCCACUUACCAACAAUGGCAAUUCUUCUUUUAACAACUUCUUCAAGAUCAGUGAUCCCUCCACGCUGUCUUACUGCAGCUCUCAGUGGUCCUUCAGCACCUUGAGUUCCGUCACACAACUUUCAGCACAUUGCUGCGGUUGGGUGUCUCAUCCGCUGGUGAAGAAAAACAGAAGAGUUGUCCUUGCUUCCUUCCUUCUCUUAUUUACUGGAGUUGCUCUUAUUUUCACUGGCGUUGUCAUACAGCUCAAUCCAAAUGCGGGCGUUUCAAGUGCUAUCUUCUUUGUUCCUGGAUUCCUGCUCUUCAUCCCUGGAGUGUAUCAUGUGAUAUACAUCAGCUGUGCUGUCCGUGGAAGAAGAGGCUUCAAGUUGUUCUACCUGCCCUAUUUUGAAAAAUAAGAUGUCAUCAAACACCACAUGAACCACUUUUACUUUUGUUCUGUUAUCAUGGCAGCGUACUGAUGCAUCGUAUAGUUUUUCUGAUGACCACUGACAUUUCAACUAUUCACUUUCUUGGCUUUUUCCCACUAUAUGAACUGGCCUGUGUUACUUCCAUGGACAUUGUAGAGUAUUUUUAUGCUAUGUGAACACUGACUGUGAAAUUACAAUAAAAACAUUUUUUUU